GCGUCAAUCAGACAGAAGAAAGACUUAGUAGUUUUCGAAAUCCACAGUAUAAAUUUGCACUAGCUCAUUGGCUGGGCCAAACCCUCGUGGGCUUUAAGGUUGUCAAGGUCGGAGGUUCUACUCUUGUCGUCACCCACCUCACACAGUUGUGGCGAGAGUUUCUUCUUUAGAGAAGAAGGCAAGUAGGGUUUUACUCAAACUUCGUCUACCCCUACGAAACUACCAUGAAAUCAAAGAAAGCAAUAGCCCUAACAACGUCAAUGACAACGAACAAAACGACAACAAUCCCGUCGGAGUUCUGGUUCGCUAUAGCCAGAACCGCAGUCUCGCAAAUCUGCCAGUCGGUGGGCUUCAAGGCCACCCAGCUGUCGGCGCUCGAAACCCUCACCCUGGUGGCCACAAAGUAUCUGCAGGCCAUCGCCCACUCUGCCGCCGCCUUCACCAACCACUCCAGCCGCAUCCAAUCCAACCUCCUCGACCUCACCCACGCCCUCCACGGCGUCGUUUCGCUCCACAGCGGCGGCUUCUCCGGAGGCUCCAUUCUCCACAAAGAUUCUUCCACUCUGCUGCUCGCCUCUGGGGUCCUCAAAGACCUCUCCAGGUUCGUCGAGUUCCACGACGAAAUCCCAUUCGCCAAGCCCGUUCCCCGCCGGAAUAAUUGUAGUUCCCCGGAGAACUCGAUUCCUGCCAGCCGUAAACCGGAUCAUCAUUCCCACGUGCCCAAAUGGCUGCCGGAAUUCCCGGAAGGGAAGGAAAGGAGGGCGAGAGAAGAGAGGUUGUGGGAGGAGGAUUCGGUUAUAGCGGGGGAUUGCAAUGAUGAAAAAAAGGACAAUAACAAAGGGAAAAGGGUGGUGGUGGUGAAGGAGCGGAAGCAGGCGGAAUUGGGGGUUGUGGGGAGAGGGAGGGUGAGGUUUAGAAUUGGAAGGGGCGUGGGUUUAAGGAAUGGGGAUAAAGGUAAAGGGAUUGAGGAGGAUGACAAGUGUAGCGGGUUCAAGAGGAGAAGAAGAUAACAUCCGUGAAAUAUAAAUAAUUACAAAUAAUAAUUCAAGCUCUAUUUUCUCUGUUUCGGAAGUGGAGGGAUUCGAACUGGAGCUCUG